CCGCGGAGAGACUAUUAUGGGCUAUCGAGGAUUAUUCAGGGAGAGGGCUGAGGGGGAAAAAAAUAGCUGCAAGGUAGAAGUAAAUAUGGAGCUCUCAGCCGUCGGGGAGCGGGUCUUCGCCGCCGAAUCCAUCAUUAAACGGCGCAUAAGGAGAGGUCGGAUGGAGUAUCUGGUCAAAUGGAAGGGCUGGUCUCAAAAAUACAGCACCUGGGAACCCGAGGAGAAUAUUCUGGAUGAGCGUCUUUUCGCUGCUUUUGAAGAAAGAGAGCGUGAGAGGGAGAUGUAUGGGCCAAAAAAGAGAGGCCCUAAACCAGAAACUUUUUUAAUGAAGGCAAAAGCUAAAGCAAAAGGCAAAAACUUUGAGUUCAGACAGGAAAUGUCUCGAGAUUUGCAUGUGUCAUUCCCGGUAGCCGAACCGGUUGUGACACCCAGAGCACGUGAGGGACUGCGGACAGUUGUGCCAACGAUUUUUCCUCCGAGCACCAUCAACAGAGGCGAAAGUGUCCGUGUGCGUCUACCGGACCCUGAGAGAGACCCACUGAUGCAUGGGAUGCUGGUACAACGCCCGCUGGAUUUUGCCAGCUCACCAAAAAAGCGAGGACCAAAGCCAAAGUUGCGUCCAGUAGGUUCAUCCACCGCAGGUGUUAAAAGAAAGGCAGAUGAACCAUUAUCUUAUCGACCUUCCAAAUCUGAGAGAUUGGGAGAGACUUCGAACUGUGAUGUCACCCAAUUAACCAAGAAGUUUCAAGCAGAAUCCAGCCACGUACAAAAGCAAAUGGGAAGCAGGUCAAGUGAUGUAAAUUUCACACAUGGUGGCACCAUCUUAAAAGCUGGGCUUGGUGUUUUGGGACCUCGACGGAAGGAGAGCCCAAGUGGUGCCAUAAAGCACUCCAAAAUGAAACAUCCUCCCAAAAGCAAUCUAUUUCGAUCCACCGAUCAAACCAGAGAGCAGUUGUCUCUGAGUUUUAUAGACGAAACCGAUCAGUCCUGGUUGCCUUGUUUGAAGAAUAUGGAGAAAAUAGUUGUUACUGACGUAACAAGUAACUCUUUGACUGUAACCAUAAAAGAGAGUUCAACGGACAAAGGUUUCUUCAAAGAAAACAGAUGAUGUGAUUUUAGUUACUGUAUGUGUAUACAAUAUUGUAAUCAAAUUAGAAACAAUCUACAUUUCUAUAUCAUUUCUAGUUUAUAAAUGUAAAGUCUUGCAAUCAUGCACAAAAUGCAAAAAAAAAAGAGUAUAUAGUUUAUGUUUGGCCUACAUUUCCAUUCGCAUUUUCUAUGAAAAUGAAGUUUAUUUUUCUAUUUCCCAGAUUUUAUGUAAAGUAUACCAGUUGGUUCUUUAUUUUGGUUGCCUUCUUCAGCUUUAUUAUGAAUGUAGGUUUUAGAGGCUGUUAACGCAUAUUAACGUUUCAACUUAAUGCACCUUUUUAAGGGAUAUAUUGUAAGUCCCUCUUUUAUGAA